AUGUUUCCGCGAACAACAAGGGUAGCUAAUCAUUGUGUUCCUUGUUUGGCUUUAGAAGCUUGGUUGAGACUUGAAAAAAUUCCUUUUCAUAGAAUUAGCAACCAAUUUAUGCUUGGAUCUAAAGAAAAUGAAGUCCCGUUUAUUCAAUAUAAUGGGGAAUAUUUUGGAGGAAUUAAAGAAAUUAUUUCAAAAUUAAAGCCUAAUAGUGAACAACAAGAAAAUGAAUGUUUGAGUGUUGGAGAGUCAAUUAAGGAUGGGGGGUCUUCUUUAGGGUUUUCAUCAUCCCCUUCUAUAAAUGAUGCAUCUUCUUUGGAAACUUUGUCUUCAUCAAAAAGCAUGGGGGCUUCGAGCAGUCCUUUACCGGUGAGUUUCUUAAAUAGUUAAAAAUUGAGUGGCGUAUUAGACAAAUGAAUAGACAAAUGAAAUGUGGAAAUACAAA